GAAGAAUGCCACGAAAAAAUCUUAAAUAUUUUGUUAUUGCUCAUGGGCAUGGCUUAGUAAUUUGUUUCAUCAUUAUACAACUUUUCUAGUUUUUUUUUUAGUUCGGCAACAAAUUAGGGUGAAUAACAGUCUCAUCCAAAAGUACGACACACAUAAAACAUACGCAUACAUCUAUUUAAAUCAGUGUGUCAUGAAAUAAAGAAAUGUAGAUUGUCAAUCAGCAGCCCAACGUAGUCCUCCGGACGGUAGUUCUACCACUUUGGCGAAACAUCAGCCAACACGAUGUGUCACGGGUGUCAAGUAGUGCGGGUAUCCGCCGUCGUUCUUCUGGCUCUCAGUCUCGGUAUUGUGAACUGCGACUACUCUGAAGCUGAGCAGUUCGCUCCAGCACAAACUGCUGCCAAGACCGAGGCACACACCAUCAGCGACUAUUUCAUGGACGACGUGGACGACAUCAGCUAUUUUACACAAACGAACAUUCAUGACCUCUACAACGCAAUAACAGAGCAGCACAGCAAGACCAAUGAAUUAUCGUCUGAUGUAGAAGAACUGGCACAUCGGCUGCGUGAGCAUAUUCAUAAAACGAAAAAGCAAAAGGCAAAUAUCCAAAAACUUCACACUCUUCUGGAAGACAUUUAUACAGAAGAAAUAUGGCCGACAUCGGAGCAAGUUAGAUAUAUCGAUGAUUACCUUAGCCGUAUGUCUAAAUCAGUGCGGACAGAUUUUCAGCAAAAAGACGAACAAAUAGAGGACAUCAACCACAACUUAAUUCGGCUCGAGACCAGCUUUGAAGAUAUUUCGAAAGAGAUACAGAUAUUGUCCGAUGAAUUAAGUCACGGAAGCCCUGGAAGUGAUUCCCAGAGCAGCCACUCCCAGAGUAGCCACCCUCAGAGCGGCUCACAAGUGCAUGACGACACAGCUGACCGCUUAGAUCUUUUGGAACAUCAAAUUCAGUCACAUAGUGAGCAGCUGAAAAAGAUCACCUCCCACUUGAUCAAUCUGGAUGGCGAGCUGAAAGAUGAUCGUGAUGAGAUGCAGAAGAUAUCCAGUGACCUGGAUCAAAUAAAGCACGAAUUUAAGCCGUACGACCUCAAGGUCAGGGUGCUGUCAGACAAUGUGAUCAGCCUCUCCCAGCAGCUCCAGGUGACCUCAGAUAUCCUGGAGAAACAUUUAGCGGAGGAGGCCGGCGCGCCGCUGCCCAGCCGCCGGCCGGGGGCGGUGCGCGACUGCAGCGACCUGCCGGCCGGCGCCCGCAGCGGCGUCCACCUGCUGCAGACCGGCCUGGCAGGGCCGCAGAAGGUGGCCGCCCUCUGCGACCUGGACACGGACGGCGGACGGUGGACGGUCAUCCAGCGCCGGGACGACAUCGAACCCCGCCAGAACUUCUACCGCAACUGGACCGCCUACCGGGCCGGCUUCGGCCGGCUGGACGGCGAGUUCUGGUGGGGACUCGACAAGAUGUCGGCACUGACCGCGGCCACCGACCGCAGCUACGAGCUGCGCGUCAACCUGGAGGACUUUGAGGGCCGGCGCCGACACGCCGUAUACGGGCAGUUCAGCAUCGCGCCCGAGAGUGACGGCUACCGGCUGCACGUGUCCAACUACAGCGGAGACGCCGGCGACAGCCUGAGCGCCCACUCGGGCCAGCGGUUCACCACCUACGACAGGGACCACGACCCGUACGCCGGCAACUGCGCCCGGUCGCACCGCGGCGGAUGGUGGUACCACGAGAAAUGCCUCCAGUCCAACCUGAACGGGGUGUACUUUAAAAAGUACCGCGCCGACAAUACCCGAGGAAUUACCUGGACCACGUUCCAUAACAGUUUCUAUUCAUUGAAAACGGUGACUAUGAAAAUACGACCUACGUAGACGGGAAAUUAAUUGCAAGAAGAAAAAAAAACAACCAAAUUCAUGUCAAGAGAGUAUAAAGGGCUGUCAAUCAAAUAUGUGGAAAGAGCAGGAAAGUAGUAAGUUUACGAGAAAAAAGAUGCAAAUAAACGUUCUAAGCAGUU